AUGACAACCCGCGCUGUUCAUCUUGAAGUGGUCUUUAAUAACUCAACUCAAGAGUUUAUUCCCGCCUUUCGCAGAUUAUCACCAAAAGAGGCAUCCCCGAUUUUCUUCUUAGCGACAGCUCUACCACCUUUUGUUCGGCCAACGAUGCACUGCAGAACGUCAUCUAUACGCGUUCCUCCGUAG